AAGGAUGAUUUAAAGCUGCAUAAAAGAAUUAAAUACCUUCGUACAACCCACACAUGCUGAAAAUGGUUUCUUGUAACUUUGCUAAUAAGUUUAAAAUCGUGAACUAUAUUUUCUAUUCUUGAAUGAAACAGGUUUCAAGUUUCGAAAUUCAGUGCAAUUAUGUUCGACGACGGUGUUCAAUAAUAUUUUGAGUAAGUUUUUACGCAACCACCCUUGGUGGGCAUGGUCAGGAACUUGACAAAAAUCUGUGUUUAAAACUGGAUUGUAUUGGAUAGGUUUUCAAUGGUCUCAGAUAAUAAUGCAACUUUGUGCAUCAAUGUUGCUCCGUGCACUUUAUAUGUUGAGUUUAUCAAGUCAUGUAUUUGGAUAUUCAGCUGACGUGGUCAAAAACUUGACGAAAUAUCUGUUUGAAACCAAUGCGUACGACAACACACUUCGUCCAUCGACGGAUCAAUCAUUGGCAACGGAGCUAAAAGUGUCCUUCCAUUUGAUGGGUAUUAACAAGCUAGAUGAACUGGAGGAGAAAUUAGUAACUACGGCGUAUCUCACUCUAAAAUGGCGGGACGAAUUCCUGACGUGGGAUCCGUCAGCAUUUCCUGUGUACAGGUUGAUGUUACCCCAAACCCUGGUAUGGAAACCGGAUCUGGUUCUGAAAAAUGGAUUUACAGAAUUUAAGGAACUGGGCGGCUCGUUUUACAAUAUCCUGCUGGCAUUAAGUGGAGACGUAAUUUGGAAACCUUACCAGGUGUUUCAAUCCCAAUGUUCUAUAGACGUGACGUAUUUUCCAUUCGAUACCCAAACUUGCGACAUUGUUUUCACUCUGUGGUCGCAUUAUUCGUCUCAAGUAAAUUUAACCUCCGCUAAGGAUGCAGUGGCAAGGGAUCAGUAUCAGAGCAACAGCAUAUGGGAAAUUGUGUCCACCAAUCAAAAUAUAGACAAUUCCGGAAGUAACGCCGUCAUCACGUACAGUCUCAAUUUAAAACGAAAGCCUUCGCACUUCGUCGGAAAUAUAGUUCUACCAAUUUUGUUUCUUGGAAUUCUGAAUAUUCUUGUAUUCGUAAUUCCUGCCGAUGCUGGAGAGAAGAUGUCGUACUCUAUUACAGUAGCGCUUGGAUUCAUGGUAUUUCUGACGAUCAUUAGUUCGGAACUUCCAGCAAACUCAGACACCACUCCAUACCUUACGUCUUACCUACAGAUUCAGAUCAUCAUGGGAGGAAUAGCUCUGAUAGUUUCCUCACUGCAGCUUCGCCUACGUCACAAAGAGGAAGGUCAAAAUGUGAAUGGAUUUUUCCAAUUAAUUGUGAAGCUUUCGCAUUGUCAAUUGAGGAAGAAUAAGGUUAUGAAGGGAAAGACUGUCAUCCCUCUUGAUGAUGUAAAAGAAAAGAAUUUUGCUGACGAUGAGGACGAUGUAAAGAUGUCUUGGAAUGACGUCACGUCUGCGAUAGAUUUUCUUAUGUUCGGUAUCUAUUCCUUAGUGUACCUCAUUAGCACGGUUUGUGUGGUAUCGUUAAUGGAGAAUGGAACAUAACGGGCAAUAAAGCAAUCCGACAAUUCGUCGCUUAUGUCAUAGAAAAGUGAAAAAGUGAUACAAACCAAAUGAUAAUAAUAGCUUGAUGUGACCCCAUAAAUGGGUUAGAUUUGUAUAUAUAAAACGUGUUCUUGAGCCUAAGAUAUUACGUCAUGGAUAUCUUAUUAUUUGACUCAGGUUUUAAUUUUUUUUCAUUUAGAUACAAAGAAAUACAUUUUGUAUAGAGCGAAUUUGGGAAUGUAAUCUCUACUGUUACUACAUAUGAUCCUUUUGAGUAAAACAUGAUUUGGUUGAUACAUUUGUAAAUUUGUUCGUAACCAAGUGUAAAAAUAUUUAAAUUUUGGAGCCAAAAAACGAAAGAAAGAAACCCCCCCCCCCAAAAAAAAAAACCCAAAAAAAACAAAACAAAACAACAAAACGAAAAAGAAGUAAAUGUUGACUGGAUAAUCUGCUUCAUUUCUGACAUCAAGUUGUUAUUUACAUUUCUAAAGUUUUUGUCAUUGAUUACUUUACCCAUUGUAAUGUUCGUCAUUUCCGUGUGAAUGCGACUUAGUUGUGAACAAUGCGCGGAUGAAUCUUGAUGAAUAAAUAUCUGUAAUACGUCUCUUCUGUAAAUAUUAGGAAUAUCUCAUUUCUAACUAAUGUAAAAUUUUAUCCGUAGAUUUAAAACAUACAUGUAUUAACAACGAUUUCAAUUUUUCAUCAAUAUUGUUUUUCCUCUAAAAUAUUAGAAUGCGCAUUAUAUCUGAAACCUUUAGACAUGUUUUAUUAGAUAUUUAUAUUAUGCACCAAAUCACAGGGAAAUUUUGACUCUAGAAUAUCUUAUUUGUAAACGAAACAUCUUUUUUUUUCAUCCCGGGAAAUCACUAAAAAAUCAUUUAGAAUAAUUGAGAGCUUGUAUCCCUUUUUCGAUGGUAAUUAUAUUUCAUAAAACUUUAAAGGUGCUUUAACGAGCCAUUAAAUACAAUUUUAGUGUAAUGAGCUACCUCAAAUCCUUCACAUCAAUUUUCAGUCAAAUCAGGCGAAGUCAAAUUGUACUAGUAUAUACCUCUAUGAGAUAGAAAAAACCCUUUUUCUGUAGUUUAAAGAUUUUGAGAAUAUAUUGCAUCUGAUCUGCUUUGAAUGAUCUUUAUUUUUACCCAUGGAGAACUCAAUAUUUCCACUUAGCAAUAAAGUUCAUAGGCGGAUCCAGGAAUUUGUAAAAAAAAAAAA